CGAAAGUUCAACCACCAUUUCGCAUCAUCUGACGACGCCCAGCCGGAAUCAUCGUAUUGGAUCCCUUGUGGCCAGACUGAAAUCUCAUAUCGCUCUUAUGUCGUCGGAUGGGUAAAGAGAGCUGCGCAUAGCUGCCGGCAGCUGUACGACUGUCACUUCAGCUUGGACAAAUACCGCCACCGAGGCUCGCAAAUGAGCCGCGACAUGCGAGACACAGCCAAUCUUCAGGAGACAACAGAGGAUGAUGCCGGCAUUUGACCAGCCCGUGGAUUCGCCCAAGAAGGGCCGAAUCGUAAAGUCGGAGUAUGACAGCGAGAGCUUUGAGUCUGAUGGCUCAAUCCAUGUUGAGGGCGUUGUCGGCUCUGCUACAAUUUCGCCUUCAGGAAGAGAUAUUGCUCUGGCAUCGCCCGAAGGUCUUGCGAUUAUUGACUUGGACUCACCAUACAGCCCGCCACGGCGUCUGCGAGGCUCUGGCCAGCCAUGGCUGGUUGUAGAUGUGCAGUGGUCCCCAUUCACUGCUCGAGACUAUUGGGUCGUCUCGACAGCAAAUCACCGCGCAUUGGUGUGGAAUCUCAAUCUCAGAGAUGAUUCAAACACUGGAGCAAUCGAGCACUCCCUUCAGGGCCAUACCAGAGCCAUCACGGACGUCAAUUUUUCCGCCCAUCACCCUGAUCUCCUUGCAACCUGCUCUGUAGAUGGCUAUGUGCACUGGUGGGAUCUCCGUCGGCCUCGCCAGCCGGUGCUUACGUUUUGCGACUUUUUUGCCGGAGCUACUCAGGUCAAGUAUAAUCGCCGAAACCCUCAUAUUCUAGCUUCGUCGCAUGAUCGUUGGUUGCGGAUUUGGGAUGAGCGAAAGGUUUCUGAGCCCGUCAAGUCGAUCACCGCACACACGUCGAAGAUUUAUGGAUUGGACUGGAAUCGAAGCGAGGAAACCAGCAUUGUUACAUGCUCAUUAGACCAGAGUAUCAAAUUCUGGGACUAUAGCAAGGACGACAAUGAAUUGGAGCAUGUUAUUCAUACGGAAUACCCGGUUUGGAGAGCUCGCCAUACACCGUUUGGCUAUGGUCUCCUUGCGAUGCCGCAGAAUGAACCUGGCGACUUGUAUUUAUAUGAUCGACUGUGGUCAAAAGACGAGAGUAUGGAAGCGACACGGACACCAGUUGCUCUGUUUCCUGGUCAUGGAGAUCAUCAAGCAAAAGAGUUUCUCUGGAGAACUCGAGGUGGGGUUACGGAUGAUGGCAUUGACGAGCGAGAAUUCCAACUUGUAUCCUGGGGUACGGAUAACGAGCUGAGGCUUCAUUGCAUUGAUCCCAGCAUAUUCACGGCCGUGGGAUACAAAAGGGGAUCUACAGCUUUGGGCGGAAUCAGCACUACGCGGAAGGGGGCGACAUACAAAACAUUCCGGGCAGUUGACGAUGCCUCUACAAUUGAUAAACGAGCGAGUACGAUGAAAGAUUCAAAGACUAGCACAGGCGGGUUGGGACACAAGCAAAGCGCCCUUACAGCUGCCGCACGAUCUUCUGUUCCAUUUGGCCGUCAGAUGAGGCCAUCGUGGCGCGGGCCAUCAAUGAAAGCCAAGAAUACACUGGGCAAGAGACUGGACCCAAGUCAGGCUCAAAUUGGAUGGAUGAAAGGUAUUAGUAUAACGAAGAGAAAAGGCCUGAUGGAUGGCCCAAGACGGCUCAUGUCCAAGGAUUCUGGCAUCAUGGGCCAUGGCUAUCCCGAUGACCAAUGGGGCGAGCCUGACACAAUUCAGGAAGAGCUCUUGCGUGUCAGCACACAGAUUCCAAAAGUCAAAUGGGACAACAUCGAUAUGGAUAACCUAACGCUGAGUGCCUCGCUUAAUGGUCCUUGGGGAAAGGAUGGAGAAAACAUCUUUAUCAAGGUGAAAAUCGAUAUACCUACAGAGUAUCCAAAGCUCAAGGCACCGAAAUUCACCAUCGAGAGAAGCUCAUUUAUGCAAGAGGAAAUGCACAAGCGACUCGACCGAGAGCUGCACGAGCUUGCAGAUCAAUUCCUGCGAAGAAAACAAAAUUGCCUGGAAGUAAUCUUUACCUAUCUGCUGGGUGAAGUCGAUCUUGAAUCCAGCACCACCUUCUUCAAGAACGUUCGUGACUUAGAUGAUGAUCUCGAUGGACUUGCCGAUGAUAGUUCCACAGACGAAGAAGAGGAUAUUCCAGCAGGUGGUUCGGCAUCUAUGUCUCAGGAAUUGCCUCCUGCUGACGCAGACACUGCAAUUGCCAUCCCGGCUCGUACUAUAGUCCCACCGCCUCCUUUAACCUGUGGCGCUCGAUUCUCGCACGAUGGACGACUUGUUUGCUUUUUCCCUACAAAAGAGGAAAAGGCACGCGCUUUGUUCCAAACAUCUGCAGAUGCGAACAAAGACCGUCCGAGGCUGGACCAGCCGUUCUUCGCUGGCUUUGGUCGCUUAACACAUGAUCCACCUCCGCGGUACAAGUAUACUACUGAGGAGGCAUCCGCUACGGAUGAUCAGUCGGACUCUGAUGAAUCAGGCGAGUCAUCUUCUUCUUCAAGUGACUCCGAGUCUACAUCAAUAAAUAAAAUGAGUCUAUGGUAUCACUCAAGCCGACAUCUUAGGAAGGCUUGGAGCGAGGAUCGAUCUAUCCGAUCUAGUGGUGGUGGAACUGGGACUGGAAUCGGCACCGGUACAGGUACUGGGACAAGCCGCCGGCGGAUUGGUCGGCCUCGAAACGCAAUCUCUAUCCAUGACCUGCGGCCAGAUCUGCCUUCCAAACGGGAAUUUGCUCAGGAGUAUGCUAUCUUUGGCGACGGAGCAGAUGUUUGCGAACAUAACGCAAGAGUUGCAGAGAAAUAUGGCUAUCCUGAUCUGAUGAGCGUAUGGCAGUACUUGGCUCUGCUGUUGAAGAAAGGGAUACCGCUUGAAGUCCUGGCUAGCAACCAGAGACGAGCCUCUAUCCUUGUCAUUGCCCGGGACACUGUAUCCAAGACUCGCUCCAUCGAUGAUGAGCAAGGCAUCACCCCAGCAGGAGACAGUGCCUUGUUAGGUCGGGUGAAAUGGGGUCGGCACCCGCUGGCCAAGGAUUUUAUUCAAGAACUUUUCAACUAUUUUGAAAAGAUUGCCGACGUACAAAUGUUGGCGAUGCUGUCAUGCAUCUUUAGCGAGUCUUCGACGGAUGAUAGCGUUGCCUAUGUGGAAUCACAGCUUCCUUCUCAGGAAACACCGCUCCCUCUCAAGGCACCGUCAUUCUCCCUAGACUAUUUCCCUACGGAUGCUACCAUGUGGAAUAUCUAUGGCCGAGGCAUACCGCACUCAAAUGUGACUACGCCCGGCACUCUCCACACACCACUACCUUAUGCUGGCUCACACGCGUCGGACGAUGGAAUGACAUGGACGGGUGAGCCUGGAACAAAUUCGUAUUCCUGCGGCGAGACCCCACCACCAAAAGCGAGGCCUCUGACUGCCGAUGCAGACCCCCCUCCAACGAUGUUAUCGCGGUCCCCCUCCAAUCGACCUCUUUCAAGAGUUAGCACUGGACUUAGUUCAGCCUUUUCAACCAACUUCCCGCGGUCAUUCACCGGGGCCAGCUCAUCGUCACCACCUGCAGGGCAAUUAAGAAAGAAGCCAAGCCCCGCAGAAAUGAUCUUGAAUACACUGACUCCACGUACCGGGUACGCCAGCGCUGGGCCAUCCUAUCCCGUGGGAGACUCCAGUGGAGGUAGGAAUUCCGUAUCGGAUGAUGAAUACCGUCGAGAUGAUACACUAUCUCUCGUACCAGUAAGCGUUUCUGUAUUUGUGGAAGAUCAGACAAUGUUUGAUGAUGACGGCUGGUUAAGUGAGCCGCUGCUGGAGCCAAGCCGCGCCAACAUUUAUGCCAACUACCGCUACGCAUAUGCAGAGAUGCUCCAGAUGUGGAGACAGCCUCUUGCUCGACUUGAAGUCAUGAAAUUCAAUGUCUUGAAGGAUGAAUCGCCCUUUACUGGAGCAGAAGGAAGUUUCCACGACUCAUUUACACUUCCAGAUGGUGCAAGUGGGAAUACAAACCAUCUCAAGACAGGGUCGUCGCCCAUCAUCAUGGGCAAGAAGGAUCAGCUGCAGAUCCUGGCAGCAUCGGGUCGCGGUCUGGACGUGACGGGAAUUUGCCGCGUCCAUGAGACUCAGUUAGACCCCCUAAGAUACACUUCUACCGAUUCUAAAGUUGGCGGGGCUGUGGGUAACUGCGACCGCUGCCGCCGUAUCCAGAGCCAGCUCCGCUGCGUAUACUGUUUAGAACCUGUGGAUGCUCUCUUCCCGCCGUGUCUGACGUGCGGCUGCGCAAGUCACGAAGACUGCCUCGCAGAAUGGCACGCGGCGGGCGAGAUGUUUUGCCCUGCUGGAGAUGAAUGCAACUGCGUCGAACAGGCGUCCAGCGGCCAAGUGGAAUCGUGGGCUGCUCUUCGAGGCGCCGUGAUGAAGUCACAGUCACAGUCCAAGCUAUCGAUGCUGCCGGGCCCGGCGUUGGGAGACCACGACGAAGGGUACAAGUACGAGAGGAAGACCAACAUGAAUAAUAACGGGGACGACGCCAAUGGUGACUGGGAACGGGUCGGUAAGAACGUGCCAAGCAGAGCGCAGGGCGCGGCGGCGACUCCAGGGUUGAGUUUUGUACGCUUUAAAACGCCAACGGGGGCAUGGUCAAGGGCGUCGAGCCAAAGGCGAAAUGGGAAGAGGGGAAAUUGAAGACGUUGUAAUGUGAUGGAUGAGGAUAUAUCCAUGUAUGCCGCAGUGGUUACAAGAGCUCAUGGCAUGUCGAUGCAGGCAGUUGAUGAUUUGAAGCUACAAAUGAAGCAAUAUAAAACUUGUGCAUCUAUAAUCGCCUACAGCUACCUAGUAGGUGGUUGGUUCACUGCUGCUAUUGAUAGACGUCUUUCUGAAUAGAGAGAGGAAGUGAGAUUGAAUCGAUCCAG